CAGACUUGGUAAAAAUUUAUCCUUUUCCUAUGCUUUUCUUCUCCUUUCCGAUUAGCGACGCCAUUAAUUGGCUUCAUUUCUCCGUCAUCUUUCCAAGUCAAACUUGUCUACAGGCAACAGGUUUCUUCAACGUCUCUCUCUACUCUCUACUUCGAAAUCAUCUGCUUUGGUUGUUGCAUCUUCCGAUCGUUUUUCAGGCUCAAUCACCUUUGUGUUUUCAUAUUUAGAACAUCUUUUCAUGUAAAACUCACUGUCUAAAUCCUGAAUCAAUCUGCAAUAAUAUUCCUACUGCUGCUAAUCGAAUUUCUCGACGGCUGAUCGUUUUUCCGAUCUGGGAGGAGAGGGAUUCUUUUUUCUUUUUUUUGGGGUCUGUUUAUUGGACUGAUCGCGAUGUUGAACCACAGUUGACUGGAAGUUUUCUUUCAAGAGAUGGACGAUAAAUCUUUUGGGGGUGAAAUAGUUACGUUUCGAUUAAGUUGUGGAUUUUGGCCUUUUCGGUCGUUGGUGGGGCAGUGUGCCCUCUCGAAACAUAUUGAUUUCUGAAUCUGGAAACCUAAUUGUCUUUUUGGCGAUUGAUUUGGCAAUAUGCGUAUGCUCUUUUCUGUUGCGCGUGUGAUUGGAACAGCGCAUCGAACAGAGCUGUCAAUAUUCUACACAGGGAUAUUCAAAUUUCUACAGAGGCAAAAUUUAGAGUACUUAAAAUUUCUGUCAUGGCUUGAGGCCAAGCUUUUUGUGAAGGAUUGAAAUACAGAGAUAAAGGGUCAAUAAGUUUGAUUCUAUUUGCUGGUGUGGGAUAUUACAUAUUCAAGCAUUUUGAGAGUCACCAGAAUGGGGUCCUGCUUGUCUACAGGAGGUAUGAGGGCCAUUCCUGGUGCUCCUGUAUCUCCUGUGUUGGUAGCAAGGAAAGAGAAACACUCAGAAAUUGAGCUGAAGUCUGAGAAUUCUGUGCUCGAGCCGCAGAGUGAAGCAACAGUGCAUAGAAUUCCUGGUAGGAUGUUCUUGAAUGGAUCGACUGAAGUCGCCUCUCUUCAUACUCAACAGGGCAAGAAAGGGAUGAACCAAGAUGCCAUGAUUGUAUGGGAGAAUUUUGGCUCCAGAACCGAUACUUUCUUCUGUGGAGUUUUCGAUGGUCAUGGUCCUAAUGGUCAUCUGGUUGCAAAAAGAGUGAGGGAUUCUCUUCCUCUGAAGCUGACUGCACAUUGGGAAGCUAAUUCAAGCAAUGAUGGUAUUUCAAAAGAGCUCAGUUGCAAAACAGAACGUGUAAACUAUGAAGAUUCUGCCUUAGGAACUGUUUUGGAGGAAUCUAGUUCCCCUAUCGAUCGCAAGGGAACUGGCAAUCACCCUGAAAUCUCUCAAAAACUGAAGGAAUCGUUUCUGAAGGCUUUUAAGAUAAUGGAUGGAGAACUCAGAAUGCAACCAAGUAUUGAUUGCUUCUGUAGUGGGACAACAGCAGUAGCUCUUGUUAAGCAGGGUCGAGAUCUUGUUAUUGGAAAUGUUGGGGACUCCAGAGCUGUGCUGGGUACCAGAGAUAAGGAUAAUUCUCUCCUUGCAGUUCAGUUGACCAUAGAUCUCAAGCCAGACGUUCCAGCGGAAGCUGAGAGAAUUCUCAAAUGCAAAGGUCGGGUAUUUGCUCAUCGAGAUGAACCAGAAGUUGCUAGAGUAUGGCUUCCGAACAACGAUUCCCCCGGGCUGGCCAUGGCUCGAUCAUUUGGGGACUUCUGCCUCAAGGAUUUCGGUUUAAUUUCUGUUCCUGAACUAUCAUAUCGAUUUCUUACAGAGAAGGAUGAGUUCAUAGUUUUAGCCACAGACGGAAUUUGGGAUGUUCUCUCAAACAAAGAGGUGGUGGACAUUGUAGCAUCAGCCCCAGUGCGUUCUGCAGCCCGAUCGUUGGUUGAGUCUGCAACCAAAGCAUGGAGAUGCAAAUUUCCUUAUUCAAACAUUGAUGACUGUGCUGUUGUGAUCCUCUUCCUCGAUUCGAACUCGAACGUUAUGGCGUCGGAGACAAAUAUUUAAACUCCAAGGAGGAGGUAAGGAUGUCUUGAAGGUAGUCUUUUUGCUCCACAGAUUGCUGUUUAAGGAUUAUCUGCCUAUGCUGUAGUUUGUGUAGAAAAUUGCUCUUUUAUCUUGCAGCUAGAAAUUUGUAUAUGAACGAGUUAACGUACAUAAACUUGUGAAUUAUUUUUAACUUCA